AUGACACUUGAGUUUCACAUUCAGACCAAGGCACUGCCUUUUCCAUUCAAGAACGACAUACCAAGCAACAAUCCUGUUUUUCCACCUAAACAUACAUACCUUGCGAGUCUCACUUCCUCUGCAAAGGCUUUUUACGACCAACUCCGAGCGCAGCAGUGGACAGAUGAGGAAUGCCUCGAAUAUUUUGUCGAAGUUAACAAAUCGUCUGGAUUUGCAGGUGCAUGGCUUCGCCACAAAGGCUGGCCGGAAGCAAGUAUUCAGCAGUGGAGCGAGGCCUGCCAGCAGGGCUUUAUAGCGCCAGUUUCGGUGGAAGAGAGCUCUCCAGGAGAGCGGGAUUUUAACCUAAACCUCGCCAUUUUACGUGAGACUGUCCGACGUAGAAAGCUCUACCAGGAGAUGGAGGAAAGAAUUUUCAUGAUGAACAAGCUUAAAGCAAGCCUUUAG